CGGGACGAAGCAGGGGACUCGGGUCAGGAUCCAAGGGCCAGGGGUCAAACUCCAAGAUCGAAUGACUUGAUCAUGACACGAUCUCGUCCAAACACACUCUUCUCCUAGCCUGGAUCCGCCUGCAGACGAUCCGUAAGCGAGGCUCUUCAGAUCGGCGGGAUAUCGAAUCAACGCCAAGGGAGUAUCCGAGAUCUAACGAGACCAGACCCAUCGGGCCAUUCUCUUCUUAUUUUAAAGUAUGUGAUAUGAGACAAGUCCACUUCGAACCUCGAUCUUUUUCUCCGACCUCAGAUACGUCCAGGGUCUAUACGUCCCCUGUCUCUCUUAGAGCCCAUCGACCCGGCUGCAGCUCGAUCGAGGCGCACAAGUUGCCAAACAAGCGCUGAUAUAGAAACGGUGGCCCCCAUAGUGCGGGCGGACUCUGCCGGAUCAGUUCAUUGCCGUUUGACGCCCGUUGAAUAGCCUUUGGGGGUGUGAGUUGCAACAAACGGCUGCGUACAUACAUACAAGACAGUAUAUCAUAGCUCACCCGUUAAUUUAUGAGCAAGGAUGAACACCCUCUCCUUCUGGUGACCGACAGACUCGGAAGUCUGAGCCGCCUGCAUCUACCCAUAGCGAAGUGUCCUGCGCCUUGGAGAAUAGAGGAAUCGAGUUCCCGCGAGGGGUUGAUGUCAGUCGCUGCAAGCACGAUUCGCCCCCAGUUGUCGUAGGCUAUAGCACGUUCAAACGACGACGGCAGUAGCUUAUCUGAACUGCAUGCAUUGGGGCAGAUAGCCGUUUGUGCUUCCACCCUGGUCGACACUAGAAAAAGCAACCGCCCAAGACUUGCAGGGGACAACAAGACUCCUGAAGCGACGACAACUCUCCACUGUGAGAUCGUCCCUACCAUCCUGACAAGCCAACUGACGACAUGUUUGCUUCUGCCCAACGAGGCCGGGCCUAUCACUACGAGCCUAACGACGUUGAGUAGGCGCAAAGAACACUGAGACGAAGAGAAAACGUGGCGGCGCCAUCCAUAGACCUUUAAGGCCUUCGACAGCAAGACUAAUGCCGUUUCCCGCGGAGAUGAAAAGGCGUCCCGUGAGGAAAGCCGUUGUUUCCGCCUUAUAGUGGAGUUUUAAACUGAAACUCGAGGCAACGGAUGCAAGAUAGAUGUGAGACUCUUCGUUUGCUCAUGCUGCAACUAACUCAGAAGAAAGACUCUCCAAGUCAAGGGAGUAGAAGGAGAAAACAGAAAGACCUAGCAUCCAUUGCAUGAAGUCCUGAUGUUUGCAUCAUCGUUUGUAGCCAGAAAAUAGAAUAAAUCCUCCUCCUUGUGCAACAUAUUCAAGCCAAGUCUCCCCAGAUGGAAACCUGCUUUUCGUUACCGCCAUCACCAGCCUCUAUUAUUACACCGUCUUCAAACUUCGCCAAUCAACAUAAAAAACAUUACACAUAUCCACAAACCCUAUAGCCUAUCGUCCCUACCAGUUGCCAUCCUGCUACUUCCAGUUACCAACACCAAGCUUUGCCCAAGGAUUAGCCCGCCGCCAUGUCCCAGUUUCAGUAUCGUUGGAUCUUCGAGUAUCCUCACGUGGGCUUGAACAUGGUCUCUGAGUCUCCUCCUAAGCUCCACAAUCUUCAUGAGCCCAGUGACGGUUCCGACCUCAAGCUUGAUCCACAGGCCUGUUCUCACGAAAUUGCUUCGGAUACCGACACAGAUGACGAUUUGGGCGACUCGAAAGAUGUGAAACACGACGAUCCAGGAUCCGAUAACAACCAACACAGUGCAGAGCGUGGCCGCUUGCAUCCGCAUGCACUUCACUUCCUCGCUCAAGUUCCUCAAAGUGACGCCGACUGGUCCCGCUACCUCUGUAGCAACGCCGAUGUCAGAUCAUUGUGCCAUCGUCUCAAGUUGCCCUACCUGUUCCCGGGCUUUCGGGCUCACCUCGAUUGGCCACGGUUCUUCAACGAGUGUACCUGGCAUCUUGCCCAAGCUUGCAACAAUCCCCCUCUUGGUUCCCUCUUCUCACUCGUUUUCGUGGCUGCAUGCCAUGUGGCGCUCAUCGAUGGCUGCCCACGACAGGAAGUGUACAAUGGCCUGAGGGCCUGCGUGAGACAGUGCGGUAUUUCAGAAGACGAAGUAACGCUACCCAUGUUAGACAGGAUGAGAGAGGGAGUUAUCACAGGCAUCGGAAUACUCAGAGAGUGUAGUAAAGUGGUUGGCUGUCGUGCAAACGAAAUUCCUUUGCAUGCACACAAUUGUCUCCAAGUGUUCCAAUGCUGCAACCUUGCCUGCAUCCGCCUCAUUAAAGAGCAGAUAUCAUCAGCCUAUCGGCCGACAACACCCCUCGACUCUGAAUACCUCGAGAUACCCUCUCUGGUUUAUGAAGUGCUGGGGGGGCGGCACUCCAAGUGGGGAUACGAAGUCAUCUACCAUAUCCUGUGCCCUCGAGAAACCGCGAGCAUCUAUGUAUAUGGCAGUGUUGAUAUGACUAGGGUGAUGGAAUUCGAAGAACGGGAUGAUGUUGUUGAAUGGGAUGGGAGUUUAGAUACUGAGUUGGCGUGUGUAUCCAGUAUCGCUGAUGACUAGGAAGUGCUGUACACGUGGAGAUUGAAUAGAUAAAAAGAAUCCGCUAUCUCAACCCAUGUGUCCAUACUGGUUGAGAGCUCUUGGGAUAGAAAGUUUACCAAAACUGACGUUUAGGGCAGGGUGCUGUCUGGAACAAGAUGUAGAUGAACCGAACACUUCCAUUUCCC